AGCGAAUGUCAUACGUGAGAAAGAAUCUUUAAUAAAUAAUUCUAACCAAAGUGUGAAUUCCAUCAUGACGUUCAUGACUCAUGCGAUGUAUCAUUAUUAAAUUUUAUAUUUCACGUUCGAAAUGUGUCGUAAUAGUACCAGGUAAUAUCUCAAAAAUUAUAGUUGAUUAUAAAAUUGGAGUGCAAGCGAUAACAAUAAAAUAUGACAGUGAAAAUGUGGAAGUAUAUUUUGGUAGUUGUUAUCAUAAAUUCAGUGACCUGCGAAAGAAUAAAGGACAUGAUAUAUAUGCCUUUUGAUAAUGUAGCUGCUUGUUUCCGAAGACAUAAUGGCACACAUCAGUUUGGAUGUUCCUCUAGUAGAUCGGGAAGUGUAGGCGUAAUACAUCUGUUGGAAGUAGAAGAUGAUAUUGCUUGGUUAGAAAAGAACGCUACUGCUGGUCCAUACACUGUGGUCCUUCCAUUUGCAUUGUUCAACAGAACAAUGCUUCUAAGAUUAAAAAAUACAAACAACAUAAACGGAGUACUGCUGACAAAAGAUACUAGCCAUGAGCGUCCGUUUAAGUAUUCACCUGAGGAUCAAUGUCCCAAUCGAUAUUCUGGUUAUAAGAAAUGCAAUAGUUCAGAUCCAUGGAAUCCUUUCGGAACUGCGUUACUCUUUGAAGAUUGGCCAUUUCCCAUGUUUUACACAGAUAAUCAAACAGUCUUGGAGGCUAUAAAAACUUGUUUCUGGACGCACAACGCGCACGAUCUUGAAACGCAAUAUCAGAGAUCUCUUUGUGCUUUAGAAAUGAAGUCGUUCAUGUACGCUGCCGUUAACUCAGAAUCUUGUAUAAAGCGUACAGAUUUCGUGUUGAAUUUCAAUCCGACGCAGUUUUGCGAUCCGCUUGGAGAUAGAAACAUACAUUGGCCCUUGGCACCUCUCGAUGAAAAUAACAAUACGGUGAUAAUGGUAACGGCACGCUUAGAUGCAUCGUCUUUAUUCGAUGGUGUAUCACCUGGUGCGGGUAACGUCGUAACAGGAUUGGUUACUUUACUUGCCACUGCGUACUAUCUGAAUUUCUUAAAUGCUACUGUCGACAAGACGAACGUUGUGUUUUCCCUGUUGAAUGGAGAGGCAUUCGAUUAUAUAGGAUCCAGUCGUAUGGUGUUUGACUUAAAACACAACAAUUUUAACGCUCUCGGUGGAAUCAAUUUGAAAUUCGACGAUAUUCUGAGUGUGAUCGAGUUCGAUCAGUUAGGCCAGGGAGAGAUAUUUCUUCACACUAACGGCAAAGACAAUAUAAUAAACCAUCUGCAGAAAAAGUUGAAUGCGAAGAUUAGGCGUGGUAGUGUCCCACCUACGUCUGUGCAAAGUUUUCUAGAGGCAAAACCGAAUCUAACGACCGUCGUUAUAAGCAAUUAUAAGAAACGUUUUAAAAAUCGAUACUAUAACGGCAUUUUGGAUGAUGCGGAAAGUCUCGGUUUCGAUAAAAACGAUACUAGCACGCUUGCAUCAGAUUUAGCGCAAAUUGCUCUUCAGGUUGCUAAUGAGCUUUAUCGAGCGGUGACGGGCGAGGCGCCACAGUCCGUCGAUCUGCCGGUACCUAUGGAGAAGCUUAUCACGGAAAUGCUAUAUUGUUAUUUGGAGAGCGCGCAGUGUCCUCUGUUCCGCGCGGCUUCGGCGCCUUACGCUAAAUUAACCGAUCAGGUUUUGCCGUUGUAUGUUGGAGUGCAUAGAGCAUAUAAUAUCGCAACGACUUUAACAGGCCAGCUUUUAGCAUAUCUGACCGGCGAAAAGCUCUACGAGAUGAACGAAUCAAUGUGCUACGAAAAUCGACUCAUCUGGAUGAGCGGUCAAAAUUUCUCGGGCUUAUGUGUCAAUUCAACUGUCAAUUACAGUAUAGCUAUGAGUCCUGCAUUUAUUAUCGAAGGAUAUGAUAUGAAAUCAGGUGUCUACUCGACUUGGACAGAGUCCAUAUGGCAAACGUUAAGCGUUAGAAUGUUUCUCAAACCAGCAGCAUCGACGGAACGAUUUAAUCUGAUUCUGGGUUGCUUGGUUGCCGGUUUCUCUUUCGUGUUAGUAUGGUUUAUUAAUAAUCGAGCUAACGUCUUAUUUAAUUCAAGGAGAACCGUUGACUGCUAGGGAUACGCUGCGGACCACACAUCAAUGACCAGGUUAGAUAAUCAUCGAGAAUAUCAUGACUUUCCAGUAACUAGCCUUUAAUUAUAUAUGUGUGUGGUACGCCCUCGGAAGAUUUUUACAGCCCGAAAAUUAUCCGGAAAUGUCACGAUAUCAUUGCAAUUUUUAUCUCCUAUUUAUCAUCGUUGUUUCAUCCGCAGUGUUCAAUUGAAAAAAAUCACGGAUGCAUCUUUGAUACUCAAUGUAAACGGUAAAGUGAAUCUUUCUUCUAUUUUUUUCUUUAUAAUAUCUAUAUUAUAAAUUAUUUAUGAAGUUACAUAUAUGAGUAAAGACAUUAGAUGAUUGAACGGGUGACUCGAUAAAAUUAACGGUUUUGUAUUGUGUACGCGUGUAUAUAAAUGAAUGUAUGUCUAUGUGUGUACAAGGUACAGUCGCAUUAAUAAGAUUUUGUAAAAUAAAAAUUAUAUAAAAUAA